AUGGGGGCCGAGCAGCCGCAGCAGCAGCCGCAGCCGAGCGACCUCGAGGCCAUGAUGACCCCGCCGGCCGCGCGCCUGGCGCUGGUUCUUCUGUCUUGCGUUGUAUGGAUGUUGUACAGCUGCGCAGACGAAUCAAUCAAGGCAUGUGACAACGGAUGGACUCUUCACGGCUCCCACUGCUACAAGAAGUCCGGGACAACCAACGGUUGGCAGGGGGCUCGUUACGACUGCGCCUUAGAGGGCGCCGACCUUGUUUCCAUCACCGACGAGACCGUGGAAGACUUUGUGAAGGGGCAGAUGGGCGACAAGGCGUUCUGGAUCGGACUCUCCAAUCUGAACUGCGAUGAGGAUUGGUGUGAAUUUUCGGGAGCAAAGGAGCUGACUUGGUCCAACACCAGUAUGACGCCGGACUACACCAACUGGGACACGCGUCAAAAGGGAAGCUCCAACGUUGCUUCCUGCGCCUACGUCAACCAAGGUGUGCAGGACGACAGUCAGCCUGGCAAGUGGAGACAUGGAUCGUGCGGAUCCUCACUGGCGUACAUGUGCGAGCGGCCGCUCGACGCCUGCUCGAAUGGACGUACCUGUUUCCACAAAGAAUCUGCUUCCAUUUACUAUCAACUGGAGACUUCCUUCUGCGACUCUGGCGACUUCCUGUACAACGACUCGUGUUACCAUUUUGGGAAGACACGUAAAACCUGGCAACCGGCUGAGGAUUUCUGCAAGAACAAGGGAGGUCACCUGGCCAGCGUCCACUCACAGGUUGACGGACAAUUUUUGGCUGCUCACAUGCGACCAGGAUAUUGGUCUUGGCUGGGACUCAGCCGGAACCAUGGCGACUUGGAGUGGUGCGACGGAUCAACUACAUAUGACGCCCCGUGGUAUCUUCCGAAAUUUCCAUAUGCCUGCUCCAAAUUGACGACUGCUGCUGAAGUUUACAUAGACACUUGCGAUACCCUUCGUCCAUCCAUCUGUCAAAAAGGCAAGGCCAGAGAUUCUCUUCCGCUUCUCCCAGCGCCGACAUCAACAUCAGGCAAGAGCGCAAAGUGCGGCUGGUGGCAGGAAAACCCCGCCAACGACUUCUGCUACCUGAUCGACUCCAAGGCCACCAAGACCUGGAAGGAGGCGCGAGACAAGUGCGCCCGCCUCAGCGGCAACCUGCUCGGCUUCGCCGACUCGCAGGAACACGCCUUCAUCCAAGGUCUUCUGCCAAACGCUUCCUCUUUGUGGUUGGACACCAACGACACCACGGUUGAAGAUGGCAGCGAGCAGUCGGCCCAAUCCUCAUCCAAUUCCGUCCAGUUGGCCGCCCCAGGUAACCCCUCCGGCCGACGCUGCAACUCCUUACUCGGUGGCGAGGGCGGCCGGGGAGUCGGCGAUUGCGAGAAGAAGCGCGGCUACGUCUGCAAGAGACGAGUCAUUCAGACAUGUGAUAGGACCAAAGGGUGGCGCCGCUUCGGCUCCAACUGCUACAAGAAGAUGGAGACCACCAACGGUUGGCUGGGGGCUCGUUACGACUGCGUCUCGGAGGGCGGCGACCUGGUCUCCAUCGUCUCGCCUUACGAGGAAAUCUUUGUGAAGAAGCAAAUGGGCAACAAGCCCUUCUGGAUCGGACGCUCCAAUCUGAACUGCAACGAGACCUGGUGUCAGUUUUUUCAAGCGGGAGAAAUGAAGCUGACUAAGUCCGACACCGUUGUGAUGCCGACCUACGCCAACUGGUACUCAGGUCAAGACAGAAGCGCCGACGUUGCAUCCUGCGCGUACGUCAACCAAGGGGUGCACCUCUCCAGUCAGCCUGGCAAGUGGAGACAUGGCUCGUGCGGAUCCUCCUUGGCGUACAUGUGCAAGCGGUCGCCCGACGCCUGCCCGGAGGGACGGCUGUGUUCCUACAAAGACUACGAACUCGGCGUCAGUCGAGUGGAGUCUUCCUUCUGCGACUCUGGCGAGUUACUGUACAAGGACUCUUGCUAUCACUUUGAGGGGAAGGAGCGCACUUGGAAGGAGGCCGAGAAGUUCUGCCAAGACUGGAAAGGUCAACUGACCAGCGUCCACUCACUGGUCGAUGGCCAAUUCUUGGCUGCUCACGCGCCAUAUGUAGGAGGAUCGCAAUCUUGGGUGGGACUCAGGAAGAACACGGACAAGUUUGAGUGGAGCGACGCAACACCUGCAGGCAAGAUCGAGUGGGUCCCACACAGGCCGGCAGGA